CCCUACGGGCGCCGGGCUGGGCCAGAAAGAGUCCUGUUGCGGCGCCGCCUGGGCGGAGGGAAUGAAUGGGCGCUGAGUUGGGGGCGCGCAGGCUCUAGGGACCGUCCUGAGGCGUGGGAGCGGCCACAGCAUGGAGGACGACGCGCCGGUGAUCUACGGGCUGGAGUUCCAGGCACGUGCCCUCACCCCUCAGACUGCAGAGACAGACGCCAUCCGGUUUUUGGUUGGGACGCAGUCUCUUAAAUAUGAUAAUCAGAUCCACAUCAUCGAUUUUGACGACGAAAAUAACAUUAUAAAUAAAAACGUCCUUCUCCAUCAAGUGGGUGAAAUCUGGCACAUUAGCGCCAGUCCUGCAGACAAAGGUGUGCUGGCCACCUGCUACAAUAAAACUUCCGACAGCAAGGUCCUGACCUGCGCGGCUGUGUGGAGGAUGCCGGAGGACGCGGAGCCGGGCGGCCACGAGUCCCCUGAUGACUCGGCGAGCACUGCUCACACGCUGGAGCUGCUCUGUCACCUUGACAACACGACCCACGGCAGCAUGGCCUGUGUCACGUGGGAGCCCACAGGAGACGGGAAGAGAGUCAUCUCUCUGGCAGACAACCACAUCCUGCUGUGGGAUUUGCAGGAAAGCUCCAGCCAGGCCGUGCUGGCCAGCUCGGCGUCACUGGAAGGGAAGGGACAGCUGAAGUUCACCUCAGGACGGUGGAGCCCACAUCACAACUGCACCCAGGUGGCCACAGCAAAUGACACCGCUGUCCGUGGGUGGGACACGCGCAGCAUGAGCCAGACCUACUGCAUUGAGAACGCCCACGGGCAGCUGGUGCGCGACCUGGACUUCAACCCCAACAAGCAGUACUACCUGGCCAGCUGUGGGGACGACUGCAAGGUGAAGUUCUGGGACACGCGCAAUGUCACGGAGCCCGUGAAGACCCUGGAGGAGCAUUCCCACUGGGUGUGGAACGUCCGCUACAACCACUCGCACGACCAGCUCGUCCUCACGGGCAGCAGCGACAGCAGGGUCAUCCUGUCCAACAUGGUGUCCAUCUCCUCGGAGCCCUUCGGCCAUCUGGUGGACGACGACGACCUAAGUGACCAGGAGGAGCGCCGCCCAGAGGAGAAGAGUCAGGAGCCCCCGCAGGACAGCGUCAUCGCCACGUACGAGGAGCACGAGGACAGUGUGUACGCCGUGGACUGGUCCUCGGCCGACCCCUGGCUGUUUGCCUCCCUGAGCUACGACGGGAGGCUCGUCAUCAACAGGGUGCCCCGGGCACUCAAGUACCACAUACUGCUCUGACCGUCCCCACGCACGCGGCGCUGGCGCCUGCUGGGAGCGCGCUCGU